AUGGUUGAAAGCCCACAUGCUGAGCUGGACUCCUUUAGAGGGCCUCAGCGCAUGAGCAGCGUCCUAGCUGCUCCUGGGCCAGACAGGAAAUCUGGUAGAGUCGUGGAAAUUGAGGAGGAUUACGGCAGCUACAAAUGUAUCGCGAAAAAUUCACGUGGAGAGACGGACGGCACCAUCCGGCUGUACAAGUCCCUGCCGCCGAGCACCAGCCCCAGUCCGUCCACCACGGAGUUGCCGAAGAAAGAUUGGGAGCUGAUGGCUGAAAUAAAUAAUUCUGUUUACGGAAACCCAAGCUCCUUGACGAUUCACAAUGAAAGGAACACGAAAAAUGGUAAUAAAUUCCAGUCGAGCCUCAGCGAAAUCGGGAAGUCGGAGCAAAAAUCGAGCGACCCAGAUAGAAAACGGAAUUACAAUUGGCCCCCAGACAGCGACUCAUCCGCCGCCAUCACAACGACAGGAGUGCUGCUGAUAAUAGCAAUGGUCCUGGUGUCGAUCACACGAUAAGCGGAACCGGAAACGAAACGCCUUCGACGUCGCUCGACCUGUAAUUACGGACUCGAUUAAAAGCAAACUGAGAAACCGAACGAAGUUAGACACGACACGUUACGCACAGACGUGUACGCAGAGGAAAGUACACAGCUCACAAGAUGUCCUCCCACAAACACAAACACACACAAACAUAAAACACAAAACACGAUAACAGAAAAUUGACUGAGUAGUUAGUGUCGUAUUAAAGAAACCAAAAAAAGAAGAGAGGAAACGUAAGGGGGAUAAAUAAAAUAAUAAUAAUUACGCGUGCCAAGUCAGUGUAGCGCAGUGUCCAAGAAGACGAACGAAUAGAGAAAAUUGAGAAUUUCUACGGAGCAACGAGCAUGCACGGGACGUGGAGGACGUGGAAAGGGUCAAAUCACAAAGUGCAACGACUAUCGCUUUCAGUGUAACAUAUUGUAUAACGCCGUAACGUCGCGACAGAGACCGCGCCGACGGUCUCCGGUUUAACCGCCAAUCGAACCUGUGCGCGCGCCGAACGCUUUACGCCGAUUCUGCCCGUGUGUCGCUUCCUUCUGGCUCGAGCACGUGGGUCUUUCGAGGACUUGUUCAAUUCGAUCGUUGACGGGGUCGAGUCGGUUCGGUGAAACCGAAACGAGAGUACGUGGGCUAUUGUGGCUCGUUUGGAUGGAUUUGGUUGGUGGUUUGGUUGGAGACGUUGUUUGUUGAUUGGAAUUGGAUUUAUUUGGUACUUAGUUUCUAUUCGGAAUUGUUUGUUAAUUGAUUUCAAUUCGGAAUUGUUUGUUAAUUGAUUUCAAUGCAGAAUUGUUUGUUAAUUGAUUUCAAUUCGUAAUUGUUUGUUAACUGAUUUAAAUUCGCAAUUGUUUAGUACUUGAUUUCAAGUAGUAAUUGUUUAUUACUUGGUUUCAAUUCGUAAUUGUUUGUUACUUAAUUUCAAUUCAUAAUUGUCUAUUACUUGAUCCAAAUGGAUUUAUUUAUUAUUUGAUUUCGAUGGAUUUAUUGAUUACUUGAUUUCAACGGAUUUAUUAAUAACAUAAUUUAAACAGAUUUAUUUAUUAAAUACACAGUAACGCUCGCUGAAUCCAUUUGCUGGCAAUCAGAGACAUAUAUAUAAUGCUUAUAGAAAGAGAAACGUUCAGUCUUGCCAACUCGAGUAUCUUAGUUGUAUUUGAAAUGCAUCUUAAUAUAAAUUAAAAGAAAUUCAAAAUACAAAUGAAGUCGCAGAUUUUAUGAUAGCAGCGAAUGGGUUACUAUAAGGUUUGUCACUGUUAUAAAAGAGUAAGCAAUAUUAAAUGGAAUGCCUAAAAUUCUGGUGGCAAUGAACGUGUUAAAUUCCACAAUUUCGGGUUGCAACAGUGGAAUAUAACGCAGCAGAAAAAGCAGGAGGAGCUAUUUGUUUCCAGGAAUUGACUCGAGCACAGCCUGACAAAGGCAGCGAGUGCAUACAGUGAGUGGAAGCGAGAUAGACAGUCCGUCGUGCGCCGAGGAUCGAGGCGCGGGACCUUAAAGCCACGUCGCAAGUGUCAAACGUAAAUAUGCAGUGAAAAAAUGUCUAUUUCAGGAAUUUUAAUGUUACCUUCUCAAGCGUAGUGUCAGUGGAUUGUUGAGAUAGUCCCGAUUAAAAUGAGCCCAAACACGGUGGGAAUCGGACUACUUUGACAAAUUCAAUGUAAUUUUCGAAACUAAAGGCUGGUUUUCAUGAAAUUGAUGAAACUAGACCGAUUUAUGUCGUGUUUGGACUUAUUUUAACGGGCAGAAUCUCGACAUUCCAUUGGUACUGUGAUUGAGAAGGUAAGAUCAACAUUAUUGCAACUGAAAUUUUCUUCAUUGCAUGUUUACUCAGUGCUCGACCGAUUGCGUCAUUUCUGCUCAUUGUAUUCUUUCCCUGUGCCUGGCUUGGGAUUUAAGAGAGCAUCGCUGUAUGUAUUAAACUUACAAAUUCAAUUUAUUUAUUUAGAUUAAAUGUUCAUUUGAUAUUUAAAAGAGUAGCUAGCGUGAAGUUUCAAUUCAAUGCUUUGCUUAUUGAUUAUUUAACAGCAACGUGGGAGACAGACGCCCAGUCGCUCGUCAUACAUACUAUUAUUGUUUAUUCUGUCGCGCAAUUGAAGGUGUAAAUGGAGUUUUCUGGGACAAAAGGAAAUACGUUAAAGGAAAUAAUCGUGUUCCUUAAAAAAUAUUCCUUUCAUAUAUUUCAUUAAAAAUAACGACAACGAAUAUUCAGGAAGAUAAAUUCCAAUCUUGUUUACUGUGUGGUCAACAUACAAUGGUAGAAUUAAUAUUUUCCUUAAAAUUAUUUUGAAAUUAUUAUCAGGUUCAUCUACAGGGUGUCCCAUUUUAAUUUUGCAUGUUGGAACAUAUGGAAGAUAUAGAAAAAUAUUUUGCAUGAAUGUUAUGAAUUAUAAAAAUACAAUUUUAUUUUUUCACCACAAUUAGCGAACCUCUAAUUAAUAAACCUCUUAUUAGAGUUACUUUAAAGAUAUUAAAAAAUAUAAACUAAUGUCACAUGAAAAGGAAUAUUAAACUUUUUCAAUGAAUAUUCAUUUUACCUUUUUGCAAUAAAAAACAUGAAGGAUCUAAUUAAGGAAUAGCUUCGUUAACAGACGUGCAAUCUUCCUGGGAUUCCGCGUGAAAAAUUCGAAGUCAAUUAGUCGAAUAUAGCUCGAGUUUGCAGAGUUACCGUAGAAAGGGAAGUAAUCUUAAGAAAUAUAUGUUGAACUUUUUCCCGAGCCACUGAGCUAUAUAGAUCGUUUUCUUCAAAAUGAUGAAACUCAGUUUUUCGAGCUUGCUUUAUAAUAUUUCAAAACUAUCAAUCUACAAAUAUUGAAAAGAAAAUAUUGAUUUCUUGAAGUCUGCAUAUUACUGUAUUUUUUUCAUACAAUAAAAAUUCUGUUGGAUAUUGUAAAAAAUUAAAAAAAAAUAUUGUUAAUAAAUUUACCUAUGUAUCAAUAGAUCAAAAGACAAAAAAAAUAAGCAGUGUUCUAAAAAUAUUUUUUUUUAAUUUUUUACAAUAUCCAACAUAUAUUCCUGAUAAAAUAAAUUUAUAUUAACAUAAGCAAUCAAGGGAUUCUACGUUAAUUAUUUUGAAGUAUGGAGUCAGUGCUCAUUGCAAGAAUAAUGACUCGAUUCAUUUCAAGCCUAGUAAAAUAUAUAAAACCCAAUUACAUAACCAUCUCGCACUCUAUACGUGUACACUGUGUAAUUCAUAUCCUGGAGAUACGUCAGGUUUGAAAUUUAAUAUCUUGAGAAACAUUAAGGUAUGAAGCAAAAGUAUACUGUGCUUUUAAACAGUUUUAAUUUCAAGUAUAUACGUACAAGAGUAUGAUUAAGAAGUACACACGUAUUUUCUUAAAAAAUCAUUUGUAGUAAGAAUUUUAUUUAUAUUCAGUUUUAAAAAAAUAAAAUAAUUAUCUUAUGUUUUUUGUUUUAAAUGUUCCUUAGAGAACAGUUGAUAGAAAGCAGUCUAAAUAAUUUUUAAUAUUAAUAAUAUAAAUUCUAAAUGUAAUGUAAUAAAUAUAAUAAAAUUUAUUAUAUUAUAUUAUAUCAUGUUAUAUUAUAUUAUAUUAUAUUAUAUCAUAUUAUA